UGGCCACUUAAAAACAGGUUGUGACAACUGGAUGAGGUGGAAAUGACAGAUGACUAGAUAACAACAGUGCGGACAGCAUUAGAAAUAUAAUCACGGUUGCGCUGUAUCUAGAGUUUCAGAAAUGAGUAACGAUGUAACCAAGAAGAAGGGAAAGGCAGUCGGGGAGAAAAAGACUAAAAGAAAAGCCAAGCGGAGAGAGACUUAUGCAGUGUAUAUCUAUAAAGUUUUGAAGCAGGUCCAUCCUGACACUGGCAUCUCCAGCAGAGCAAUGAGCAUAAUGAAUUCCUUCGUCAACGACGUAUUUGAGCGCAUUGCGACUGAGGCAUCUCGUCUGACCCAGUACAACAAACGCUCAACCAUCACCAGCCGAGAGGUACAGACCGCAGUACGACUCUUGCUACCUGGAGAGCUGGCCAAGCACGCUGUGUCAGAGGGCACCAAAGCUGUCACCAAAUACACUAGUUCAAAGUAGAAAAUGAGUGCCUCAAAUACUGCAAGAAUGCAAUUAAGGCUAUGGAUGCACCACUAAGUUUAAGUUGAAUCAUUAUUUUUGGAAAAUAAAUUCACUAAAUUGAUUUUUUGGGGGGGUUCCCCAUGAUUAAA